AUGCAGAGCUGCGACAACACGGCAUCGUUCGAAGACUCCGAUUCGUACUCGGUGACUAUCAGCAAUCGCUAUGUGUGGUCCGGAGCGGAGCCUCCGCGUGUUGUGGUCUACUACACGAGCGAUUUGUCCCUCACGCUGAAGGACAUCGCGCUGUUCGACAAGAAGGAAUUCACCGGAAUGACCGGACUGGCCAACCAUCUCUUCCAGAUCGCGGGGUUGGAGCCCUUUACUGAGUACCAGAUCUAUGUGUUCGUGGAGGAGGCCAGCGGAUCGUCGACGGUUCGUCCUCUGGUGUCGAACCGCGUGCUGGCGACCACGUACGGACUGUGUUCGGAUGGCGAUUGGCCUGCUGUGGGUGUGGGCAUGGAGUCGCACCUGAGCUGUACGAUCGGAUACCACGCCUUCUACUGCUCGAAGAGUGCCAACUUCAAUGCGACGUUCACGACGCGGCGCGAUGAUUGUUACUGUCCGGAAGAAACGGUCAACGGGUUCACCUACAACCAGACUGCCUAUGGCGACUAUGUGAUUGAUCCGAUGGGAAAGCGAAUGUGCGGAUGGCGCGGUAUCUGGGAUCCGCUGCCCUCGAUGAACUGUAAGGCGGAGGGACCCUGGCCCGCCACCUACGACGGCCAAUACGCCGUGCUGACCUGUGAUAAUCAAGGAUCUCUGCGACGACUGUGCAGAGCGGGAGAAUGGCAGGAGAUCGAAGACAUGAACUGCAACUGCGGAAGGAGGGAGGAGGACGGCAUCGUGUGGUACCCCGCCAACCGCGAAGAAACGAUGCAGCACGACUGUAUGAGCGGAACGGUCACGCGACGCUGCAGCUUCUACGGACAGUGGGAGGAGCCGAUCGGCCACGACUGCCAGUGCACGGAGGACGGAAUGUGGGGCGUCCAGAACCACAACAGCUCGCAGACGCGGCCGUGCGGUGAGGCGGGAACGCCGGGCAACGUGGUGACGCGUCUGUGCGGAUUCAACGGGUUCUGGGGCGAGGAGGACUUGAGCCACUGCGCCUGCGACCCCAAGACCGAGAACGAAAUCACCUGGGAAUCCACGUUGGUGAACACAGCUGCCUGGAUUCGCUGCGAGAUCGGCUCCAAGGCGCGCAUCUGCGUGCCGUACGGUUUCUGGGACACGCAGAUCGGCGACUAUGGCUGCAUGUGUGCCGCGGAUAUGGGGUGGCCCGACACGCCCUCCGGAACGGAUGUCGCGCUGCCCUGUCCCGAUAACGCCCUCAAGUUCCAGCGACGUCGCUGCAUGCAGAACGGAGUGUGGGGAGACGUGGACGCGAUGGGCUGCUAUGGAUCGUGUCCUGCGUAUGGACGAUUCCCCGUUACGCUGUCUGGAACAACCGCGUCGAUUGCCUGCGAGGAAGGCGGCGGUCGCGUGCUGAUGGACUGUAUGCGGAAGGUGGACGCGAACGGCGAGUACUAUGGAGAAUGGGACUUCGAGUCGUGGCGUGUGGAGGGCGAGUGUCGCUGCAAGAGCGUGGACGAGUUCCCCUCCGCAUUCAUCGAUACCGACUCGGUCAUUCAGUGCGACAGCGGCUCGCGUACGCAGAGGUGCGGCCGAUUCACCGCGCGCUGGGAGAAGCCCGUCAACCACGACUGCAUGUGCACGGUCACGGAUGCUCCCGAGGGAAUGCCGGAGAUCUGGACGCCGCUCUUCGAAACGGCGACGGUGGACUGCGACGUGGGCAGCCGAACGGCGUAUUGCGGCGGCUACGGCCACUACGAGAACAAGGACGCGUCGCAGUGCUUCUGCGGAGCGAACAGCGAUUUCGAGCAGACGAUGGCCGGUGCGAUGGGCUCCGCGAGUUGUUCGGAAGUGGGAAGUCUGGCGCGCGAGUGCUCGGAUUCGGGCUUCUGGGGCGUGGUGGAUUAUUCGGGCUGCUCGUGCCGCGGCCUCGACCAGAUCACUGGCUAUUUGCCUCUAAACUCGACGUACAAUCACGAGUGUCCCGUGGGCGGAUACACUGUCACGUGCAGCGAAACGGGAACGACGGUGCAGGAGCGAACGAACUGCUCGUGCCCCGCGAUGAACGGCUUCCCCGAAACCCCUGCGGGCACGAUCUUCGAGGAGCAGUGCGGCAGCCACUCCAAGACGGCGUACUGUGACCUCUUCGGCGAGUGGAAGAACAUGAACAACACCUGCUUCUGUCCCGCGACCAGCGUGUUCCCCAAGGCGGGCUAUGGCGAAUAUGUGGAUGCCUAUCUGCCGCAGUGUUACAAGGGCUAUUGCAACCCCGACACGGGAGUCACGGAGUUCGACUACUCGGGCUGUAGCUGCGCGGCGAUGGAUCAGUGGCCCGCGAUGGAGCACGGAAUGAACAUGACGAUGGAGUGCGUGACGGGAGGCACCGCGACGGCGGUGUGCGAGAUGGGCGUGCUGCGCGUGAACUACGAUGACUGCAACUGUCUGGAUGACAGCGGAAACGAGGUGGAAGUGGGCGACUAUCUGAACUUCCCGUGCAUGAUCGGCUUUAUUCUGAAGCAGUGCCGAGGCAACAAUACGUGGUUCCAUAUUACCGACUCCUACUGUGGCUGCUCGUCCAACGCGACGGGCCUGGCGCUCUUCGAGAUCAUGGACGCCAACACGACGAAGCAGGUGCCGUGCGGUUCGGGAACGAUGAGCAUCACCUGCGACGCGACGGGCCACUUCGAUCUGGACUCGCUGGUCAAUCAGUGCAAGUGUCCCGCAGAGGACAAGUGGAGCGAAACGGAUGCGGGCGAGUGGGCCAAGAUCACCUGUGUCGACUCCCCCUUGAACGACGCCAAGCGCGAGUGCGGCGAGUUCGGCGUGUGGGGCGAAGCCGUCCUGCCGUGCGAGUGUCCCGCCGACGGCGAGUGGAGCGCCCAGCCCGCUGGAAUCCACGAGAUCGUGUGCGAGAACGGCGCGAAGAUCACGCGUGAGUGCCAAGUGGACGGCUCCUGGCUGCCGCCGAAUGGCUCCUGCAGAGACGACAGCUGUCCCGCGGAUGGCGUGUUCCCCAUCACACCCCAUCUGGGCACCUACACCUACACUUGCGGCAACGGACACGUGAUCGAGCGUACCUGCACAGCGGGCGUCUGGUCGACUGUGGACUGGUCGGGCUGCGGCUGCGCGGCGGACGGCGGCUUUGACGCGGUGGAGUACAUCGAUCCCGACCUGAACUCCAUCACGGCCUUCCUCUCCUGCGGCUACGGGCAGCGCACGCGUCGCUGCACCAGCGGCAUGUGGGAGGCUGUGAACUACGACGACUGCUUCUGUGCGAGCUUCGAAGCCUUGCCGCUCCGACCGGCCAACUCGACCUACAACCGAAUCUGCGGCUCGGGAAGCAUCGACGCGUUCUGCGACACGACCGGUAACUGGACGAUCCUCCAGGACACCUGCGGCUGCGCGGAGGACUCGGACACCGUAGAGGACGUGGUGUUCCCCGCGGUUCUGCGCGGCGAGAGCGUGUCGGUGGCGUGUCUGUCGGGCUCGAUGGAGCGUCGCUGCAGCCGCGCGGCGGAGUGGGAGGCGGUGGACUACGCGGACUGCCGCUGCGUGGCGGAUGGCUGGACGGAGGCGCGGCCUACGGAGGAGGGCCAGCAGGCGUGCGAGGAGGGCUACUUGACCCGUGUGUGCAAGCCGAACGGUCAGUGGGGCGCGAUCAGCUCGGCGUCGUGCGCGUGCGCGGCCAACGAGCUGUUCGACCGCACGGUGGUGAGCGCCUUCGCGGUGCACUACUGCGGAGUCGGGUCGGUGCGCGCGGAGUGCACGGUGUCCGGCUGGGCGAACGAGGAGGACGACGGCUGUUCUUGCGCGGCGACGAGCGAGUACCCGGUCACACCGCGCUACACGAUCAUGGAAGUGCCCUGCGGCGAUCUGUUCGAGGGCAUGAAGCGACGCGAAUGUCUGGCGACGGGAUUCUGGAGCGAGGAGGAGGACGUCUCGCGCUGUGUCCCAUGGUGCAUCGAGGUGGGCGAGUGGCCCGCCACGCGGCCCAACACCACCGUGGUGCUGGACUGUCCCGCAGAGGGCUACCUGGAAGGCUCCAUCACGCGGUACUGCAACCCGAACGGUCUCUGGGAGGCGGGCGUGUCGACCUGCACGCCGCUGAAGUGCGAGGCGGAGGACGGGUUCCCGACGACGCCGUUCAACCAGACGGCCUCGAAGGCGUGUCCGGAGGGCAUGGUGGGCUCGAUCACGCGCCGCUGCAGUCUGGUGGGCAAUACUGCGCAGUGGGAGGAGGUCGAGGACAACUGCCAGGACGCGUUCUGCACGAUCGGAGACAACAGCUAUGCGCACAACGAGACGGUGACGCUGUCGUGUGCGGAGGGCAUGGUGGGUCGGAAGGUCCAGGUGUGCCGCACGGGCGUGUGGGAAGUGCUGGAAGACACGUGCGUGGCGGUGGUGUGCCCCGCGGACGAAGCGGCUGGGUACCCGGAAGGCUACUUCGGUCAAGUGUUCCAUAAGAACUGCGAUGUGGACUACUCGGGCAUGAUCACCUAUCGCUGCAACGCCUAUCAGCAGUGGGAAUAUGUGACGGGUUCCUGCCAGCCCAUCCUGCCGAUGCUGCGUUGUGUGCCGGCCGAUGGCGCGACGGACGUGGCGCUGUCGACGAUGACCGAUGCCAACCAAUACACUGUCUACUGCACGAGCAAUGUGCGCGUGGGCGAGGUGAUCAACGACCAAUUCGAGCACAUGAACAUCCACAUCGUGUUUGAAUUGGCCGAGGCCACGUUCUCCUAUCCCACCACCGCGAUCUUCAUCUCCGACUACACCAUUGGCUUCGCCUUCGAUGGCUCCUUCCCGCCGUCCUGCGAAGGCACGCUUUAUAUCAAUGCCAACAGCUUCGUGUCCCGAAAUGGCCUCACCUUCCCCGCGGAAACCCUCAUAGCGACCUUCUCGACCCGCGCCGGCGUUCCGUUGGCGCCUCCUCCAAUUCUGGAGAGUGCGAUCCGCAUCACGGAAGUGGACUACGCGCACCGCAGCGUGUCUCUGCAGAUCGAUGUUCCCUACAGCAGUGCCAUCUACGAUGAAGCGCAGAUUGCCUUUAUCGGCAGCAAUCUGCAGAGCCAGUUCUUCCAGACGAGUUCCGUGUUCGUUGAGGGCGCUAUUCUGAACAGCGUGAUCCCCAUCACUUGGCGUGUCCGCAAGGGCGCCUACUGGUCCGCCUUCGCGUCCUUCUCCGUCUACCGCCCCGUCGUGCUGCUGCCUCCCUCCGCGCCCGUCGUGGCUUCCUUCGAAGCCACGCAGGUGCGCUGGGUCUGGUCGGCAGGCGAGCUCUUCGGGCAGGCCUUCGUCGGUUACCAUUACCAGCUCUUCGCCGCCGACGCGCUCCUCCAAGAGGGCGACGUCCAGCAACCCGAGCUGUCGCUCUCUCUUGAAGCGGGCGUGGCUUACUCGCUGCGCGUGGCGCUGUGCUCCGCCGCGUGCUCCAUCCUCUCCGAGGCCUCCUCUCCCAUCACCCUCGCCGCGUAUGUCGUCGCGCCCGGCGCGGUGCAGAACCUCGAGGUGGCCGCGCUCUCCUCGACCUCGCUGCGCGUGCAGUGGGCAGAGCCGGCGGAGCUGGGCGGCGCCAGCAUUCGGUACUACGUGGUGCGACGCUCGUCGAUGGCGUCGAUGGCCGUGAUUGAGAGCGAAGUCACCACCACGAACUGCUUCCUGGACUUGCAGAACCUGCAGAACCUGCAGAACCUGCAGCAAGCGCCCAUCUAUCUGAGCGUCGCCGCGUUCAACGGCUAUCUCUCCCGCCAAGAGAAGAUCACCGCGGUUUUGGAGGCGCUGGCUGCGGAGUGGCGGUGGAAUCAGGACGAGGGCAUUGAGUGGGACUCUGCGGUGGCCAUUACUGGAUCCUUCAAUUAUCUCUGUACUGCCACGUGUGAGCUUCGCGCUCCCGCGUAUUCUUCCUUCCGCCGAACCGUCUCGUUCCCCGCGGGACGCGAGGUCUCGUACGUGUUCGACGGUCUGAUCCCCGCGACUUCCUACACGCUGGAGUGCGUCACGAGUGAAGUGGGCAGUGCCGAGUCGAUCACUACGCAAUUCUCCGUGUCUACGAUGGCCACGUCGGAAUUCGUUCCGGUGUUGGUGGUGGACGGCGAGCCAACCUCCUCGCUCACCGUAUCGGUCUCCGUAACCACGAAUCUCCUCGGCGAUCUGGUCUGUUACGUGGCUCCCUACGAAGGUGUGCAGAGUCGACCGGGCUCUCUGGAUCUCUUCCUGUCCAACUGGGCGCAGAACGCCACCGUGGUCUCCGUUACCGAUCCCUUCCGCUUCCUCUUCGCCUACGACGUCACCGGUGCGCUCAUCCGUGCCGACCUCGUUUAUCACGCCUGGUGCGCCGUGGGUCGCGACAUUUCCACGAUCCAGACUGACGGCUCCAUCCGUACCGACUACGUCGUCUUCCCCGAUUACGCCGAUUCCACGAUUUCACGAUCCACGCUGCGGCUGCGCCGCACGCUGCAGACCACGCCGUUCGAAGUGCUCAGCAUCACCCCCGCGGAGUUCGCGCGCGACGUGGACCCCCACAGCGACAUCGUCAUCACCUUCUCGACCCCCGCUGAGCGCGGCCCCGGCUCGAUCUCCCUGCGGAGCAGCCAGAACCACGUGAUCCGCGUGGAGGAGAACGACGUGAGCUGCGUAUACACGAAGUGCACGCUGCGACUGAGCGACGGACUGCUGCCGUUCGAGAAGUAUGUGAUGAAUGUGGAUGCAGAUGCGUUCCUGGCGCAGGGCCAGCCGCUGCAAAAUGAAGUGAAGAACUGGUUCUUCCGGACAGGAGGUGUGCGGUGCGAUACGCGGUUUGUGGGUCGCGGGAUGAGCGAUGCGAAGAUGUGUCAGUGCUUCUCAGUGGAGAAUGCGUGCCAGUGCGAGUGUGGAGAGACAAGCGUGCUGAGAGAGUUGUAA